GGGGAGGGGUUUGGACAAGAUGGCUGGAUCCACAGUUAAAGUCCCUCGUAAUUUUCGCUUGUUGGAAGAACUUGAAGAAGGUCAGAAAGGAGUAGGAGAUGGUACAGUAAGCUGGGGCCUCGAAGAUGACGAAGACAUGACACUUACAAGGUGGACAGGCAUGAUUAUUGGACCACCAAGGACAAAUUAUGAAAACCGAAUAUACAGCUUAAAAGUAGAGUGUGGGCCUAAAUAUCCAGAAGCACCUCCAACAGUUAGAUUCGUAACUAAAAUUAAUAUGAAUGGAAUGAAUAAUUCCAAUGGAAUGGUGGAUGCACGAAGCAUACCAGUGUUAGCAAAAUGGCAAAAUUCUUAUAGCAUUAAAGUUGUACUUCAAGAGCUAAGGCGUCUAAUGAUGUCCAAAGAAAAUAUGAAGCUUCCACAACCUCCAGAAGGACAAACUUAUAACAAUUAAUUUUAGCUGAAUCCCAAACUUGUCUUAAACAACUUCUACUUAUGUUUAAUGUCUUGAUUCAAUCUCACAAUGCAAACCACCCACACAUCAAGAGUUUCUGCUGGUGUACGUGAUCUGGACAUUUGAAAGAAUAUAUAUAUAUAUGUAUAU